GAUCAACCUUUAUUCCGUCCUGCAAAUUUUUUCAGUUGGACAGUCUUGGAAAGUCAGUGUUUUGGUCACCCUUGUUGCCUUGGUGGCUGCUGUGGCCAUCCUAGUCAUAAUUCAUCACGAUCAAAGCAAGAUGAAUGUGAAUACAGAUAUGAGGCUAAUGGCUGCCAAUGAAGCCUUCAUGAAGCUUGGAUUCCUGGUAGGGAUGACAAAUAUUCCAGACAAGAACUGUGCUGUCCCACAGUUGUGGUUUGUUCAUUUCGACGUUGAACCCUGCCUUCAGUCUUUGAUGGACUUUCUGGCCACUCUGAAGAGAAACCAGGAGUCAGCACUGAAGCGCAAUCUGGAAGACGUCGGCAUUGUUGUCGAGACAGCUAUCCUGCCAACCUGGGAAAGCCAACAGAACGAUUCUUUGGAAGAAUGUUCGCUGUUGCCAGAGACCAAGAAGAAGAGCAGCAAUAAUUUCUUGUCCCGCCGAGAAUUCCUCCGUCUUGUCCCAGACACGACACCGGAGACAAUGGCCCAGCAGCUCUUGAUGGUCUUCAGCAGUUACUACGUCAGGCUGUUAGUCAGUGGCCAGCUUCCAGAGGUCCAUGCGGGGCAGCACAAAACUAUGGGCCACAGGCCUUGUCUCUGCCAGUUUGUAAAGACUACACUGUUGGGGAAAGAAUUCUUUGGACUCCAACAAAGAUGGACAUUAUGUUAGCAAUCAAACAUUUCA